UACUCUGAUACUACAAAGAUGUCUGAUAAUAAUAUUGACUGGUUACACAGCCACAGGGGCAUGUGCAAGGUAGAUCUCUACAGCCCAACAGGACAGCAAGAUCAGGACCAGAAAGUGAUAUACUUUGUUGAUGUGUCCACCCUGAACAUGGAAGAUAAAGAUUCUAAGGAUGCUGCUGGUUCCAAUUCAGAAGGUGACUUAAACCUGGAGAAUCUGGAAGAAGAAGAAAUUAUUGUGAUCAAGGAUACUGAGAAGCAAGACUCGUCUAAGAUGGAGAGGUCAGUGUGCCUUUUCAAACAAGCUCCUUCUAAUCCUAUAAGUGUCCUCUAUCGUCUACUCAGUGAUCUUCAGAAAUAUGCCUUGUGUUUCCAACAGGCACUUAGCCCCUCAUCCUCUAGCUGUAGACGUCAAGUAGGAGACACAGAGGGCAAAUAUCACAAACUGCCCACUGGGAACUGCUACAGAGGCUAUGCCAAUCAACUGAAAAUGGAUUACGUGGCCAAAGGACCUCAAGGCCAACAUCUGGAAAUGACAGAAGCGCCAAAAAACACCAACAAUAACCAGAGUCCUUUCACCCCACCAGCCAAAUCUCCUAGCAAUCAGAGGACAGUUAUCUCCCCUGAUGGAGAAUGUUCUAUGGAUGACCCUUCCUUCUAUGUCAGCCGACUAUCUCCUCUGGUGAUCCAGAUGGCCCGUAAGAAAAUCAAGGAGAAGUUGGAAGGUGGAAGCAAAUGUCUUCAUCAUUCAAUCUAUCCACCCAGUGGGGACAAAGGGAAAAACAGCCCUCGUAGUGCUGUGAGCAAGAUCACUUCUGAAAUGGCCCAUGAUGCUGUGGAAGUGACCUCUGCAGAAAGGCAGGGCCUUCCUGAAGUUUCAGCUAAAGCAGCAGAGAAGGGGUACAGGGUAGGAGAUCUUCUUCAAGAGGUCAUGAAGUUCACCAAGGAACAACCACUGGAUGAAGCCGUGGGAAACAUGGCUAGAAAACAACUGCUAGACUGGCUGCUCACUAACCUGUGA